CCUCUGUGUGCAUCUGUGUGUGUUGCACCUGUGUUAUCUAAAGACCGGAUAAUAAUUUAAAACAAUUAAAUUAAAAAACAAUUGUUGAAUAAAAAAAAUAUAAAAAUGGUUUUUACAUCAUUGACACUUUUGGCCAGAAACAGGGGUCCAGAUGAAUUUUGGAGAAAAAGAAAAAUAUUUAAAAUGGCCAUGCAUUAUCGUGGACGUGCAAGAAAUUGUUAUUCAGUAACAAUAAAAGCUGUCAACAGAGCAAUGAUGUUUGCAACCAGAGGAAGACAACUAAAAAGAAUGCAAUUGUCUGAUCUUUGGAAUCAAAGACUUAAUGCAGCAACUGCUGAGCAUGGAAUAACAACUAAUAUUUUGAAAGAAGGUCUUGCUAGAAAUGAUAUUUUUCUUAACAGAAAAAUUCUUACUGAUUUAGCUUGUUGGGAACCAAGAACAUUCAGGUCUCUCACUCAAACAGCAUUAGCAAGAACCAAACAUGAUGGUCUUAAUUCAGUCAAAAAUCUUGAUGCACCAGUUGGUGUUAUCACUCGGGGUAUGAUUAAAUAAUCAACUAAAUAAAAACAAAUUUAAUAACUGGAAAAAAACAAUAAAACAAAUUUAUUUGUUAAUAAUAAUAUUAAUUAGAUUUUUAUCAC